AUGGCUCUCGUUAUGGAACCUAUUAGCAAGUGGACGCCCAAGCAAGUAGUGGAUUGGAUGAAAGGCCUUGAUGAUUGCCUCCAACAAUACAUAAAAAAUUUUGAAAAAGAAAAGAUCAAUGGUGAACAGCUGCUACACAUCACUCACCAAGAGCUCGAGGAAUUGGGAGUCACUCGCAUUGGCCACCAAGAACUCAUACUGGAAGCAGUUGAUCUGCUAUGUGCAUUGAAUUAUGGUUUGGAGACCGAAAACCUGAGAACUCUGUCUCACAAGCUGAAUGCCUCAGCCAAAAAUCUUCAGAACUUUAUAACGGGUAGAAGGAGGAGUGGCCAUUAUGAUGGCAGAGCCUCCAGACGCCUGCCAAAUGAUUUUCUUACCUCUGUAGUUGACCUGAUUGGUGCUGCCAAGAACUUACUAGCCUGGCUGGACAGGUCUCCAUUUGUCAGCGUGACAGAAUACUCACUGCUGAAAAACAACAUUGUUCAACUGUGCCUGGAACUAACAACCAUUGUGCAACAGGAUUGUACAGUGUAUGAAACAGAAAAUAAAAUUCUUCAUGUGUGUAAAACCUUGUCUGGGAUUUGUGACCACAUCAUUUCGCUCUCAUCUGAUUCUCUGGUGUCACAGUCAGCACAUCUUGAGGUAGUUCAUCUCACCAGCAUUAUGCCCAGUGAGGGUUUGGGAAUGUAUAUCAAGUCAACAUAUGAUGGACUACAUGUAAUCACAGGAACAACUGAAAAUUCUCCUGCUGACCAGUGUAAGAAAAUCCAUGCUGGUGAUGAGGUGAUCCAGGUCAACCAUCAAACUGUGGUUGGCUGGCAGUUAAAGAACCUAGUAAAUGCAUUGCGGGAAGACCCAAAUGGAGUGAUUUUAACCUUGAAAAAACGUCCUCAGAAUACCCUGGUUUCUGCUCCUGCCCUUCUGAAGAAUGUGAGGUGGAAACCUCUUGCACUUCAGCCUGUAAUUCCAACCAGUCCAACAAGCAGCUCUACAACACCAACAAGUACAAUGGGCAUAUCCUCAAAAAUGGAGAACUCUGCACUCCAGGAUGUUUUCAUUCUGUCUCCUAUGUCAGGACUUUAUGGCCCCAGGGAUGAAAUUGGAAUAAUGUCUUGUGAUGACAUCAGCAAAUUUGGAAAACCUGGAAUGAAAGGCUCUGAGUCUCCAAACUAUUUUCUGGAGCAUGAAAGUGGGAAAUACUACACCUUAAUUGAAGGUGAAGGCCACCCUGUGGGCUCUGAGUAUGAGAGAAGCAGAGCUACAGGAGUGCGGAGAAGAGAAAAAACACCCACUCACGGAGAUUUAAGGCCCGUUUCUAUGCCUACUGAGUACAGUUGGAUAGGGGAGUCAAAAGAACAAAACAUGUACAAGAGGGGAAGCAGAGGUGAAAAUUCACUCCUGCGGUAUCUGAGUGAUGACAAGAUACUGGUUAUCCAAGAAGAGCCUUUGACACAAAAAGACAACAAAAGGGACACAGGUCGUAGGUCAAGAAAAAAGGGAAAAAACACAAGCAGUCCAAACUACCCCAUUAGCCCACCUGUGUUGACAUCUACCAUUAAUGCUAGGCUUGAGCCUGGCCAGCAAGAUGUCUUGAAUUUCUCACUAGCAGAAAACAAUACAGUUCCACUUUAUCACUCAUUCCAUUACGCUUCCCUCAGGGUAAAAAGCAGAAAAUGGUCAAAAGGUAACUUAUUUGAUGGGAGCAGAAGACGGAUUUCGUGCAAAGACUUAGGCCACGGAGAUUGUGAAGGUUGGCUAUGGAAGAAAAAGGAUGCCAAAGGUUAUUUCACACAGAAAUGGAAAAAGUACUGGUUUAUUCUGAAGGAUUCGUCCUUGUACUGGUACACAAACCAGAAUGAUGAAAAAGCAGAAGGAUUCAUUAGUUUACCUGAGUUCAGAAUAGACAGAGCAAUUGAAUGCAGAAGAAAACAUGCCUUCAAAGCAUGCCACCCCAAAAUAAAAAGCUUCUACUUUGCAACAGACUGCCUUGAAGAAAUGAAUAGAUGGAUGAAUCGUUUGGGUCUCGCAGCAAUUGGUUACACCCCUGAUGACAAGGAGAUGCAUCCAGAUGAAGCAGAUUACUGGAGUGAAAGUGACCAGGAUGACAUCGAUGGCUCUUUAACCCUGAAGCAGGAAGGCUCUGCAACACUGUGUGACACCUAUCAUCGAACACCCUCAGUGAAUUCUUCAAGUCCAUUCCCUGAAGCCAAACACGGUCGACACUUUUCAAGUGAAUCAACAUAUUCUCAUUCUUCUGCUGAGGAUUCUCGACAAGAUGUAGCAGGAAGCACACACUCAUCAGGAUGCAGACCUCCCUACCGAGAAAGGCGCUCGUGGCAGGAUCUGAUAGAGACUCCGUUAACCAGUUCAGGGCUCCAUUUUCUUCAGACUGUUCCUCCAGAUACAGAGUACAUGAGUGGCCGGUCUGGAAUGUCACCGGAUAAACGAAGACAAGCAACGCUACCAGUACAAAGACGUCAUAAUUAUGAGCAGGAUGGGCCUUUCCCUUUGGUGGAAUGUCAAAGGGGACAUAGCUCUUAUAGCAGGCCACAGAAGCAACGUAGUCAAAGCCUUCCCCGAAACAGAGAUGUCAGGGGUAAGGGAUGUGUACAGUCCAUAGAAGGAACAGAUGACAAGCUAGAAGAGAAAGUUCCCAUUAGAAGGCAUAAUAGUUUCUGUGUAGAAGAAAACGUAAAAGAAAUCGGAGAAAAUACAGAUGGUCUGCAAGAGCUAUACAAAUCUCUGGAACAAGCUAGUUUGUCAGCCUUUGGAGAGCAGCGUCCUUCCACCAAGCAGGAGUUCCGCAGGUCUUUUGUGAAGCGAUGUAAUGAUCCAGUUAUCAAUGAAAAGCUUCACCACAUCAGAGUUCUCAAGAGCACUUUAAAAGCAAAGGAAGGGGACCUCACAGUUAUCAACAGCCUUCUGGAUGAUCCCAACUUAACAUCAAAGAAGUUUAAGGAUUGGAAACUAAAGAACUAUGAGUUUUUCCUGGACAUUUGUGAGUACAGUGCUGCUGUGAAAUCUCAAAAUGGAGCCUCUGAACUUGCAACCUCAGCACCAAUGCUGACGCAUACACACUCGUUCAUUGAAACUCAUGUGUGACAGGACUCAUAUCCUGAAUAAUUGCUGGGUGCCAUGAAAAAUCGAAUAAGACAAAUACUGUAAUAUUUAUUGAUAAUGUACUCAGCAGUACUGUAAAUAAGUUGGAUAAGAGAAUAGUACCACAGGAUGCCUACUACAUUGCAUGAUAAGACAAUAAUAUUCUUUAUGAAUUUUUUUUGUUUGCUGUUAUCAACCGAUAUCCGUAUCAAGUUCUGCAUUAGAAAGAAGCAGUGCAGAAGUGUAACUGAAAACAAAUGCCAGUAUAUUUAAAGUACUGUACCAAAACUGAGCUUAUAGUAUGAGCUCCUACAAUCAUUUUAUGUAUUUAGAUAUAUGUAAAGACAUAUCUAUGUAUAUAAAAUGUAACAAGGUAGUUGACAUUUACUUUUAAUAUGCCCUAAAGUUCACAUUUUUUCUUGAGAAAAAUAGAAAACGAAAACAUAAAUACAUUGGCCACUCUUAGAGAUGAACUUUUGUUUUUGCAACAUUUCCAGGUAGUGACCAUCUUUGCAAAUAAAAGGACAGAUUUAUCAAAAUGUAAACUCAAUCCCUAUAGUGUGCCUUAAAAUGUACACUGUACAUCUAGCAAAUAGAUCCCAAUCUGGCCCUAUGGGCAUACUGUA